CCCAAAACAUUGUAGCACUUUACCCUAUGUAAAGAAAAAGAUUUCAAAUAAUUAUAAAGGCUGUAACAAAAUAUUUUAACACUUGCAUAAAUAUUUACAAUGAUAAAACAAAUUACUGCUUUAGUUACCUAUUCAAUAGAAUAUAUUUCAUGCUUUGGCAACAAUAGAUGAAUAAACUUUUCAUUUGCCAAUAAAUUAUAAUUUUAUAUUAUCAUAAUUAUUUAAAAAAAACGAAUAUAAAAUAAAUUCUAGUUUUCUGCCAAACGUUUUACAUUUAUGUACCCUACGUGUCAUAAGGCCGAAGACUGACUACCAUACUCCAUGCAAAUAGCCGUGUCCUUUAAGUUUUGGUUUAGAGAAUCAUGCCAGAGUCGACAGCAAUGUCUAUAAUAUGGCAUAGACAAUAUAUUAUAUUGUCCAUACCCUAAUCUGUAGUACGGAUUUGAAAAUAGAAACUAUAAUUUUGACGUUUUCGGCCGUUAUAUGUUUUGGAUUUUUUGCUGUUGUUUCGUUGAUAUUUCUUUGCAAUUUAUAGUGUCUUUCUUUAGAACAAUGCUUACAGUUUAGCUUCUAAAGAAGAGAAGAUUUACAUAUUCUUUAAUAAUGGGUAGCAACACAAGCAAAGCACACCAAGAAACCAUUGUACAGCAAUCAUGGAACGAGGUUGAAAUAGGCGAUUCUUCGGACCCGAGAUCACCAACUCCAGAAAUAGUUCGUACACCCUUACAAGGGAAAGGUGGGGCAAAACACAACAUCACUAAAAAUGUUGAUCUAAGAAAGACCUUUGAAAAUGCAAAAGGAGACGAAAAGCUUAUACACAACAACCCUAUUCUAUCUGCGGUUAUCAAAAAUCACUUGCAGUCUUAUGAUCCUAGAUCUCCUACACAGGACUUUGAGCGUACACCAAUAGUAAUUAUGCCUAAAGAUGAGGAUGGAGGCAAUGACAAACAUUUAUUGAGAGUAAAUGAGGCUAAUUGUGCUAGUCCUUCACUAAACAAUGAUGAUGAUAAUUUUGAUAAAUGUGAAGGAGCCGCAAAAAGUCCAGACUUAGUUGUACCAAAAAAUUUAUGUGAUGGAUUUUUUGAUAUGACUUUAAAUGAUACUUUAAAAGAAAGUCAGGAACCUUUGGGGUCAUCUACUGCGUCCAAUGAAGCCAUAGAAAAUAAUAUGUCUCCUGAUCAUGUUGAAAAUCCAGAAAAGUUUCUUGAAACUAACUUUGAUUUUGUUGAAAAUGAUAGUGAAGAAUAUGAAGACAGUGUAGGAAAUGUUAUUGGCAAUGGAAGUCUUUGUGAUAGUGAUAUCAAGAACAUACCCUUGUUUAAAUUACUUGAUGAUGACCCAAGAUCACCAUCUAUUGGUAUUGAGCGAACACCUAUUGUGGUUGCAAAAUCUACCCAAAAUGUGGGCGAAAGUAAUGUUGAGGAAAUGUCAGAUGAUUCGCUAAUCAAAGCUCUGCAGAAUACCAAUGCUGAACUUAGGCAAAAUGGUGUAAAACAACAUAGCAAUAAUGUUGAUGGACUGCUUAUAUAUGAAGAUGAAGCAGCAACUUUAAAUGACACUCCAAAGAAGUCUAAAUCUUCUAACAAUAGUGGUUGUAGAACUCCACUUUCUUGUAUGAAAAAUAAAACUGAAUCAGGACACGCUAGAUCUAAAUCAGUUAACACUUUGUUUGAUCCAAAGAAUCAGAAUGUACACCAGCAGAAACUUAUAAAAAAAGUGUCGCAUAUACCAAGACUUAAAUCUCUAUCCAAACACACUAAAGUGAUCACAACUAGCAGCACUGUAUCAUUGAAGAAUAUUUCUAGAGCUUCAGUUAUUAAUGGUGACUGUGAAAACACUCCUCCACAUUCACACCGUGACAGAUGGGACAAAGAUAAUAGUAUCAUACUAUGAACUCCUUGUGCAGUCUAAAACUGAUAUAAUUUAGAUAAGAACUGUGUUUUUAAUCCUCUUGUUAAAUUGAACUUAUAGGUCAUAUAAUUAGCUAAUUGACAUUUCAAUAAACUCACUAUUAUGACUUGUUAUACUCUAUAUUAAGUUCUCACAUAUUGAAAUAAAUGUUAAAAAAAUGAGAUGC